GCCCGAAGUAUAAAAGCCUGACCAGGAGCAGAGGAGAGUCAGUCUGGACAUCAGCUCCACCGAGACCACACACACCAUGAACGCUUUCGCCGCCCUCCUUGUUCUGGCUCUUGCCUGCUCCGCCAACGCCGGCGGCUUCGGCCUCGGCUACGGCGGCUAUGGUGGCUACGGCCUCGGCUACGGCCACGGCUACGGCCACGGUGGCUAUGGAGGCUAUGGCCUCGGCCACGCUGUCGUUGCUGCCCCCGCCGUUGUCGCUGCCCCCGCCGUCGCCAAGGUUGCCGUCGCUGCCCCCGUGGCUAAGGUGGCCGUCGGCCACGCCGCCCGCUCCUACACCUACCGCAGCGACCACUUCGGCCCCGCUGUUGCUGUGACCCGCGCCGUCGCUGCUCCCGCCGUCGCCGUCGGACACGGAUACGGCUACGGACACGGAGGAUACGGUCUCGGCCUUGGCUACGGAGGCUACGGCUAUGGCGGCUAUGGCUACGGAGGUCUCGGCUACGGACACGGUGCCGUCGUCGCUGCUCCCGCUGUCGCCAAGGUUGCUGUCGCCCCCGUCGCUGUCGCCGCCGCCCCCGUCGCUGUUGGCGUCGGAUACGGUCUCGGACACGGAUACGGCUAUGGCGGCCACGGCUAUGGCGGCUACGGCUACGGUGGAAAGUUCUACGGUUAAAUCAUCCCCUCGUCUCAGCACACCUGAGCUCCUGGGCGGUGGGGCAUGAGUGUCCAGAUGCAACUUCACCGGCGGGUCGCCAUCCUUUCACCAACCAGGGCCCAUUUCGCUCUCCCCUCUCUCUUUAUAGGAAGAAUAAAUUAUUUUACGUUUGUUUA